CGGCGCCGUCCUUUUUCGCCGGAGCGUUCUCUUCACCGAAUUUUAGGUACCAAACUAUAUUGCAAGCAGCUGUAGGCUGGGCGCAGGCCGUGUCAAUACGACGGCUAAAGACGAAAGAGACUGUGUGGCAUUUUUCCUAACAACAUUGAAGUGAUGGUGCAGCGCAGCGGAUGAAAUUAGACUAAUGCAACAAAAGCAUGGACCAGCAUACAAACGUGGACGAGUUGCAACAGAGGGCAGAGGAGAAGGAAGCUAAUUUGCAGCAGUCAUUGGAUCAUGAGGUUGAGUUGUGCCAGACCCUGAAACUACAGGUAGAAGAUCUCCAGAAGAGACUUGAAGAGAAGGACAACAAACUCACUCAGGCAAACGAGGUGAUCAGAGCACUGAGGGAUGAGGUGCAGACACUGCAGCAACAGCUGGAGCAGCACAGACGGAAGUACUGUGAGGACGCAAUCAGACAGUGUCGGUGUGGAAGAGAAGAUGGCAUAAUAUUGGCUCGUGGGAUCUCCCUGUCCUGUACCGCUGAGGACAACCCAGGAGACGUGCCAAUGUCACCUGGUGACGACACGCUGACAUCACCACAGGAACUGGAGGACAACCCAGCAGACAUUCCUCUGAUCCUUGCUGAUGGUACACUCAGUACAGUGAAAUCACAGCAGAAACGGCCCGACAGAGUUUUGAAGAUGGAAUCCGAAGAGGGGGACGAUGGUCAUGAUGAUGACUAUGGCGAUGACCUGUUUUAUCAGGAUAGUGAUGGGUACAGUGAGAACGACCCAAAAAGUGACGGCUUUUAUUUCUGCUCUGAGGACAAAGAAGUGUCAUCUCCACCAGAAGAGGGCAUCGUCGAGCCUGAGGGGGAACAGAGGAGGCAGAGACUCCAGCUCCAGACACCUGGGAAACGUCCACCUGGGAAACCCAGAAGGCCUGUAAAAGGAACUGACAAAAGUAAAGGCCAUAAAUGUGAUGUAUGUGGGAAAAUACUAGCACCCAACACAAGUCUAGCUGAUCACUUAAGAGUGCACUCGGGAGAAAGGCCGUAUGCUUGCACUCUGUGUGUCAAAACGUUCAAACAUAGGUCGUCUUUACUCAAUCACAAAACAGCACACACAGGGGAAAAGCCUUAUGCUUGCACUCAGUGUGAAAAGACAUUCAGCUCUGCAAACGGUUUACGAUUUCACCAGAAAAGGCAUCAUACAGGGGAAAGGCCAUCCACAACCAACUCAAAAACUGGAAAAAGAAAGAGUUAUGAAUGUCCUGUAUGUGGCAAAAUAUUAGCGCAUGGGGGAAGUCUACGUGAUCAUUUACAUUCAGUACACUCAGGAGAGAGGCCACAUGCCUGCACUGAGUGUGACAAAACAUUCAAACUGAAAACUGCUUUGCUCAAUCAUGAAAGAACACACUCAAGAGAGACCCCGUAUGCUUGCGCUCAGUGUGACAAAACGUUCAAACAGAAAGCUUCUUUGCUUGCACACCAGAGAUGGCACACAGGGGAGAAGCCUUAUGUCUGCGCUCAGUGUGGGAAAGCAUUCAGAACUUUGAGCAAUUUAAUAGGUCACGAGAAAACUCAUCCAACAGAUGGUGGGGAAAGGGAGAAGUUUCCGUGCGAUGUGUGUGGAAAAGUUCUUGCCUCGCGAGAAAAUCUCAAAAUUCACAAAAGACUGCACACAGGUGAAAGUUGUCAAUGUGACGUGUGUGGUAUGGUAAUUGCCAAGCGGUCAAAUCUUGAAUCUCACCGGAGAAUUCACACAGGCGAAAGGCCUUUCGCCUGCACUUUUUGUGACAAAACGUUCCCUCGUAAAGGCGAUUUAACACGCCAUCAUACAGUUCAUACAAACAAAAGACCAUACAAAUGCCCAGAAUGCCCUAUUGCAUUCAAGAAUUCCGGACAAUUAAAAAAGCAUGCCAGACGACAACAUUCAGGAGAAAAGCUAGCCAGGCUGCGCCCUCCUGCUGACGCAGCACCUUCGGCGCGAUUUCAAGUCUAUGAUAAUCAGGCAAGAGAAAAGCUGUAUUCGUACCAAUCUCUCUAACCAUUACACCACUAAAUGUACAUUCAUUAAAAAUGCCUAAGCAGUCUAAUAAUAUUUUUAAAUGCAUACAAAGGUUGUAAAUAUUUUAACUGGUUAUAUUAGGUGGUUAUAUUAGGUGGUGGUGGAAUUGUGAACCGAUUAAACACGAAAAGUACCGCUGUUAACAGUUUCUUUCAAUCAGUUAUAAUGUAUUUCAACGGUUUAAACGAGAAGUGCCCCAUGUCAUUCAAUAGUUCAGGGCUAUUAUUAAGUAAAACAUAAAACAUGAAAUGAAAAAAUACACCAGGAAAGCCACAUUGUCAUCUGCUCCAAGACCUUUUAAUACAGCUUUAGAGCGAAAUUGUCAUUAACAAACAUUCAGGUAAGGACGUCAGUCGGGGUGACGGUGACAACCAAAGUUAGUCUUCCAAAACAUGAAGACUCCCAGGCGUUGUUUAGAAUUUUUGCGCUUGACUCCAAAACUUUUCAUCAAAUUUCGCCAUUUUCUGAACAGCCACCGAAUGUUUUGUCUUAGACCUACAGAUUAGGGCUUGUUCUCAGCUGUGUAUAUGUGAAAACGGUAUGUUGCUAGCUUCUUCCAUUCCGAAGUUAUUCCACUUAAAGCAAGGGUUAGUUUCGCUAAAAAAAGCGCUUUCCCCCAUUCAGACGGAGAUAAAAGGGGUUUUCUCACAGAUGUGCUCUCGACUUUCCGAGCUUAAGGCAAGUCAUUCAAUCAAGAGUUUAUUGUCAUUGUCAAAAAGGCAACGAAAUUGUGUUUCGGGUACAAUACUUAGUAGCAGCAAAAACUAAUACAAAGUUUAGUACACCUGGGACGGUGGGAAUGUGUUAUAAUAUCUUAAGAGUUUAUAAUGCGGAUGGCCAGAGGAAAGAAAGUUUUCUUUGUCUUUCUAUCUUUGUAAAAAGAUAGCAUAGGCUCCUUCCAGACAUACAUUUCUCUAACAGUCCAUGGUUUGGAGGGGAAUAGUCGCUGAUGUUUUUUGCCUCUUGACUUAACUCUCCUUGUGAAGAUACAGCAGAUGUCCUUCAGUGCAGGGGACACAAGUGAUUGUUGUUCACAAUGUAGGAUGUAAGAACCUGACAAAUAGGGAGGUGACAGCCUGGUGCCCACAGUGUCCAUCGUUCACGCAUGGCAUUUUUCACCAUUAUUAGGCUGGCAUCUGGGGACUUUCAGUGCACUGAUCUUUUUUUGUCAUUUGAGUCAUUUGAGGUUGAUGGAAAAUUAACUUGAGGUCAUGAAAAAGUCGUGGCUAUCAUGGUGGUGUACUCUUGUCGCUUUGCCUAACCUAGCUGUCAAUCACAUUAUAUUUUCAGAGCAGUAUCUGAGGUAGUGGGAGUAAUUGAAUGUUCACUGUGUAACGUGAAAAGUGAACCAUUCAAGAAGCUGUAUAAAGGAUGAUUUUUUACUGUUGUUAACUGUCACAUGCAACUCUUAAUUUGUAAGUCAUUAACUUUUUUGUUUUUAUAUCCAGUGUGAGCGCCCUAUACGUACUCAAACAUAGUGCUCAAAGAGCAAGGGCGUGCCAUUUGAGAGAUUUUCAUAGUAGUGUAAUUCAGCGUUUGGUUGCUGUGAAACAUAUUCACAGCGAAAAGAAGAAACUGUAUGAAAGAUGUUGUCGUUAUCUGUUACAUGCAACUCUGUUUUUUUUUUUUACUUUAAUUUCGAAGUUAAGAUUUUUUUUGCUGUAAAUCUGUUCUUGUACCAACCCCUUAACGUUCAAGGGGUUGUUACGACAAAAAAUAUCCUAAUCUGUAAGGCUUAAACUAAAGCAGAUGUCAAUAAAAGCCUUCUAUGGUGCA